CCAUCGAUCAGUUGUGCGCUGAACGGUGAGGUAAACGGUUUGAUUCAUCUUCUUUUGCGUUUUAAUUUCUUGAGAUUCAGUGAAAACCGGUGCGUUCAACUUUCACAUUUCGCAUAAGAACUGAAUGUGUUGGAGAUGAGAAAUUGUGCCACGAUAUUGCUUGCGAAAUGUGUAGUGUUUGUUUUGAUCAAUGCACAACUUAGUCUAAAUGACCGGUGUCAGGUAGCACGUUCGGGUACCAAUGGAAUUUGUCGUUAUUAUGAAGAUUGUCCAGUUGUUUUGAACGAACUACUCGACCAUGGAUUGACUCCAACCAAGUGUGGUUUCCAGGAUCGCAAAGAAAUUAUUUGCUGUCCUUUGCCACCGACAAAAAAGCCAAUCACUUCAUCGAUAAUGCCGAAUCGCGCCAGCGAAAAAAAAUGUAUUGAGUAUCAAGAUGCGGUGAACGAGCGUGUGUUUAGUUCAGUCGGACUAAGCGGGCCGCCAAUCGAGCAGAAAGUGUUUCGUUGUUCGAUUGCUACCGUGCCGCUAAUUGUUGGAGGUGAAAAUGCGUUGGCCAAAGAAUUCCCGCAUAUGGCAUUGAUUGGUUUUGAGGGUCGUGUUGACAAGAGCAUUUCAUGGAAAUGCGGUGGAAGCUUAAUCAGUGAUUUUUUUGUCCUGAGUGCCGCCCAUUGUAUGUAUGCUCCGGGCAUUGGCCCCGCUUCGCAUGUUUUGUUGGGUGAUUUGAAUUAUGGUUCCGACAAUGAUGAUGCGCAACCACGCCAAUUCAUAAUCAUUGAACGCAUCAAGCAUCCGGAUUUCAAGCUGCCAUCAAAAUACAAUGACAUCGCACUUUUGAGAAUCAAUGGUCCCGUCCAGUUUAGUAAUUACAUUCGGCCGGCUUGUUUGCCGCAAACAAAAUCGAUUGAUUCGCACCAUGUGAUCGCAUCGGGCUGGGGACGUGUAAAUUACAGUUCAACGCCCAGCGAGCAAUUACAAAAGGUCGUGCUGGAACUUUUUACGCAGAGAGAAUGCAAUCAAACGUAUUCCAAUGAAAUUGGCCGACAGCUUAGCCGAGGAAUUGAUGUCGAAACCCAAUUAUGCGCCGGAUCACACGAUAGCAGAAAGGAUACGUGCCAAGGUGAUUCUGGUGGGCCGAUUCAAACGUAUCAUGCACGUGUAUCGUGCAUGUACACACUCGUUGGGGUCACGUCGUUUGGAAAAGUGUGCGGAACUCAGGGUACACCAGGAGUUUAUACUCGCGUCUAUACAUAUCUCCAGUGGAUUGAAGACAUUGUUUGGCCAAACUAAACGCCUAACUUGUUCCAUACGACGUUCAUUCUUAAUUCAUAUAUUCAUAUAGUAAUAUUAUUAGAAUAAAGAUCACAAUGAAAACUAGUUUAGAUGUCACAUUUCAACGUGAGCCAAUUCUGUUAGUUUUCAUUAUCAAAAUUGGAGAAACAAGUUAAUCACCUCUUUUUCUGAGAUAAUUUGGCAUUUUUCUUUUUAUGAUUACGAACAAAAUAUGCAUAUGAAAAUAUGUGACCAUAUGACAACACUACAUGAUUUGGGCAUUCAUUCAAUGUUAAUAUGAUCGUUUAGAUCCAGUUUAUAUUUUUCCCGUUAAACCACUGCAAACUAAGUUUUUGUACGGUAUAAGUCUACAGUUUGGUUUGACAAUGAAUUGGCGCUUUUGGAAAUAGAGUUCGAAACAAGUUCAUAACUUAUUAAAAAGUUUUUUUGUUCGUGACGCUGAUAACUUGCCGAAGGCAUCCGACAGCGAUGCCAACGAAAUUCAAUGGAGCAAAAACAAAUGAGUCACAAUUUAUUUCUUUUUUUAUACAACCGUUUUUAUUCAUAAGCCAAUCGCAUUUAUCUAAUUGAAGAGAAAAAGUCCGUAGUUUACCAUUUGCAUCGAUUCACAAAGAUGAAUCAAAAAUAAUUUUCCGUUUAAAAUUAUACAUACUACAUAUAUAUACAAAUUAUAGAAAAUUCCAUGCCAAAAUUUUGACUGUUUCUUUUCUCCGAAUUUCUUACUAUUUCUAUUUCAUUGUUGUCGUCUUAGAAAAUAAUAAUUUGGAUUCUAUCAUCUGCACUUUGCAACAUUUGGACAACCAAGGUUAAUUAGCAAAGAGAUCAGAAUAUGGAACUUUGGUAAAGACAUUGCGCAAUGUAUUCUCAGCAAUCAGUGUAAACGCAUCAAAGAUGUUUGCUUUGAUUUCCUUGAAUAUAUCUGACCAGUUUUCGUUCAGGAAGCGAUUUGUUGACUCUCCAAGCACUAUACAGGAAAAGAAAUUAAUAGAAGACAAAUAGGAAAAUAAUGAAUGCUUUAAAUUUCAAUUUAGGUUAUAUAUUUUUAUUUACCUUUGUCACCGUUAUAUAGAUUUUGGAAGUCGAAAAUAAGUCUGUAUGGGUAAACAACAACAAAUAACAACCAAUCAAUAAUCAAUGAAAAAAAACCAGAAAAAGAAAACAACAUAAACAAUUCUCAGAACCAAGCAGUUAAA